UCCCCAAAUACCCCUCCCUCUACGUUCCGUUCGCUAUUGUCUCAAAAGCUCGAACUGACAGGAGCCACAUGUACCACCAUUAACGCUCGGAUAAACGGAUUUUACGUGAACUAAAGGGAUAGGCUGGAGUCUGCACAUCUCCAUGGUGUCUUGACAGGAUGUGACAUCAGCAGCCUGACAUCUUCUGCUGGUGCGGUUUGGGCAUGAGUGAGAAGCCCCGCCCUCAUUCGCCCAGCUGACCAAUCAGAAUGUUCGAGGUGAAGCCCAUGAGCGUUGAGAAGAAGGACACAGCUGCGGGAACAGAUGAGGGCAGUAAGGUGUGUGACGAGGGUGUCAGCGGGGAUUCGCUGUAUCUCUACGAGGGUCAGGACUGGGUCAUCUCCCCCUCCUGCUCUCCUGAGGAAGCCAGCGCCAUCUCACCCAUGCUGGCUGAGGAAACUUUCCGCUACAUGACAUUUCUGGCUGUUGGUUCCCCUUAUCCCCAUAAUGGCUCUAACAGCCUCUCUAAAGUUCUCAGCGCUGAGCGGGUGGAGCAGAUGACCAAGACCUACAAUGACAUCGACGUGGUCACACACCUCCUGGCUGAAAGGGAUCGUGAUCUGGAAUUGGCCGCACGGAUUGGCCAGUCUCUCCUGCAGAGGAACCAUGUGCUGCAGGAGCGAAACGAAUCUCUGGAGGAGCAGCUAGCACAAGCUGUAGACCAGGUUCAUCAGCUUCAGCAUGAGUUGGCGAAGAAGGAUGAGCUCCUCCGGAUGGUUGCGAGCGCCAGCGAGGAGAGCGAGACCGACUCCAGCUGCUCCACGCCGCUACGCCACCCCGGGCCCUCAGGGGCCGCUCUCGCCCUCAGCCAGCUGGAGGCCCUUCAGGCCAAACUCCAGGAGCUGGAGGACGAGAACCUCUCGCUGAGAUCUGAGGCCAGUCACCUGAAGAAGGAGACCUUCACUUAUGAGGAGAAAGAACAGCAGCUGGUGAACGACUGCGUUAAAGAGCUACGCGAGACAAACAGUCAGAUGGUGUCACUGACGGACGAGCUCUCCCUGAAGAACGAGGAUUUAAUGAGACAUCAGGAGGAGAUCGCCCAACUCCUCACACAGAUCGUAGAGCUCCAGCACAGAGUCAAAGAGUUGGCGCUAGAAAAGGAAGAGUUGAGAAUUCACCUUCAAGCCUCAAAGGAAGCACAACGGCAGCUUACGGCUGAGCUUAAGGAGCUGUCUGACAGAAAUGCAGAGUGUGUGGGAAUGUUGCAUGAGUCUCAGGAGGAGAUUAAGGAUCUGCGCAGUAAGAACACUCCGUCUGCAGGCCUGCGCAGACACCUGUCUUACGGACUCUAUCCCAUGGAUUCUUUGGCAGCUGAGAUUGAAGGUACUAUGAGGAGAGAGUUGAGUGUAGAUGAAGAAAUCGCCUUUGAGGACCAGAGGUCGACCCAUAAGCGUGUGUUCCAGACAGUACAGUCAGUGAACCGGGCCGUGAUGAGAGCGGCUGCCGCUGUGCCUCCGAUCCCUGGAUCCGCUCGCAGCGGCGUGAUCAUGACACCAGUGCCCUAUCUAUCACACACACACAACACAGAGGAAGGAGCUGGAGAUGUGGACGUCACCAAAGAGAACUCCCGUCGAGGUCAGCCCGGUUCUCCCGGAGGAAACGACCUGACGUCAGCCGUGAACCGGCUCUCCCUGCGGAGGCAGAACUUCGUGUGCGAGCGACAGUUCUUCCAGGCGGAGCGAGACCGGAAGCUGAAGCCGUCGGACGCGGGCGCGAGCGGGUGCAGUUCACCAACGGGAAGCACCGUCUCUUCUUUCACCAACCUAUCAGAAUUCUCCUUUUCCUCCAGCUGUUUCAAGACAUUUCUUCCUGAAAAACUGCAGAUUGUUAAACCAAUGGAAGGCUCUCUGACUCUUCAUCAUUGGCAGCAGCUGGCUAAACCCCACCUGGCCACUAUUCUAGACCCCCAUCCAGGUGUAGUUACCAAAGGCUUCCGCCCUCUCCCUCAGGACUGUGUUUAUCAUCUGAAUGACCUUGAAGAAGAUGAAGACCAGGCUAAAAUCUCAAGGGAACACCAGAGAAAAGAGGAGACGACACGGGCCACAAAAACAAAAGAGGAUGAGGAGGAAGAAGAAGAGGAAGGAAUCACAUUUCACGUGCGGUCAUCAUCUACUCCGGAAGAGAAGACCGAGAGAAGGCGUGUCCAAAGCCCAGCUAAUAAUGUCCCACCCCUUCCUGCAUCCCUCAGGAACUCCCCUAUGCCCAUAGCAACGGUUGUGUCCUUAGCAACAGCAGUUAACCAGACAGCAGACUCAGAAUCUGCAGUUCCCCAGUUUAACCUAAGUAUCGGCUCUACAGCGUCCUCUACAGCUAUAAACCCUGGGAAAUAUCAGAGCUCCACUUUUUCCACGUACACCUUCACCACCUGCCGGAUCAUGCAUCCCAGUGACAACACACAGGUUACACAAAGCUCUGCCUGUAGUCCUUCUGUCCGCGUUAACACCCCGAGUUCUCUCCGGACCGGUCCCAGCACUCCAGUCACACCCUGCAGGUUGAGUCUGGGUGAUUGUUUCCCGGUUCGCCGGCCUGCAGCGCCCCCUGGUGGUCUCGCCAAGCUCCUGCUGGAGAAAGGCAUCUCUGCUCAGGGUCCCGUUGCUGUGGCGGCUCCUAAAAAGCCUCUUUCUCUCCGUCUUCUUCCCAGCACUCCUCCAAACUCCCCCUCCCACUCCCCGUGCCCCUCCCCAGUGCCCUUCGACUCCCGAUCCACCUCUUCGGACAACUUUCUGGCAUCCCGUCCCGCUGAGCUCUUCCUGCAAGACGUUUACGGGCUGAAACUCGGUCGUGCGUCCCGACCGGAUCUCCUCAGCCCUGAACGACCCCCUCACGGCCAGUCAACCAACCCGGACCACCACGGCGUCAAGCUCGUGGAGCAUCUGCGCAAGCUCGGCUUGGAUAAAAAAGUGCUCCAAGGGUCUGAUGCCGACGGUGCCCAUCCACAGGAACCUGCCACCUUCCUAGCGACAGGAGGCGGCAGCUUAUUGGACGGGCUUAGGCGAAAUCAAAGUCUACCUGUUAUGGUUGGCCGCCGUAGCGCGUCCGUUUCCAGUCCGUCCUUUCCUGUCCCGCCCCCUCACCCGACUUCAUUGGCCAUUCCCACUCCACCAUGGGGGAACCCGAAGGAGCCGCGCCACACACGUAGACCCGCCUCCCUUUCUCAGGCCCCGCCCCACCUGCAUAAUUAAUACGGAUGUGGGAGGGGUCUCAAAACCGUCAGUUCCCCCAUCCUGCCACCAAAAGAAACUGAAAGGUUUUUAAAGCACACAAAAAAAUGAAGGGAAAGUGUUGAUGAAGAUUUUAAAGGCCUUAUCAUAGCACUCAAGAGGAAAUGAAGACUUCUAAUACCAUUUCCCCCAUCUUUAUUGUUUAUUUUCAUCCUAAUUUACUCUCAUUAACACUUCAUCACACUUCUGUUCUGUCCAUUAACUCACGAGGCUGUGGAGUUGUGAGGUGGUGGAGACUGGAGAGCAGGAAGGAAUAUGUACGUGUUGAAGGAUGUUGGAUGGAAGUUUAAAGUACUGGGAAUGGGGCGGUUUCUGUAGGUUUAUUUAGAGGUUUCUGUCACGUAAAUGAACACAAACGAGAAAGGAAUAUAGAAAGUGAAAUGAGAGUUUGCGUCUCCACAGCCUCGUUUUUUUAGGAGUUUGCAGCAGUUCCUGAGAGUUUCUGUCCUGCGUUAUAGACAUUUAGUUGAGCAUCCAGCUGUCUGUAUUGUCUUUUUUUUUAUCGUGUGUAUUUUUGCAUCGUUACAGGUGUAACCAAGAUUGUGUGUCCCUCAUCAUUAUAGUGUAUAUGGACAUAAGCUUCUCGUGUUUUUUUGCACUAAAUUAGUUGGUUAUUGGGAAAGUUUGUCACAAAAGAGCACAUCUGGAUUGAUUCGAGUUUGUUACAUGUAACCUAAUUCUAAAAGAUGAUUAUAUUCAGGGACUGUGUAUUUAAGGGAAAGAGUGAUCACUUGGAAGGCAUCACUGCAGAUUAAUAUGAAUAUGCGACUGAAACAAACGUUUGAUUUUUGCUGCAGUUUCCCAUUUAUUAGGGUUGUAUUUUCAUUCUCCUUUGCGUUUACAUCCCUUAAAUAUAAAACAUGCAAAUUGUAUUUUUAAGUGACUACUAAAGUUUGCCUAUGACCUUUGACCCCUGAAUGAAUUUCAGUUGUGCUUCCUUGUCAUUCUCAUUUUAUGCACUUUUCGUUUAACCCAUGAAAAUUGUGUUUUAAGGAAAUAGGCAUUACAUGUGUUAUCUAACAAUGAGGUAUGUUAAUAGCGAUAUAUAAUAUGAUUUACACGACUAACAUUUCAUGUUUUUGGUGGAGUUUGAGAAGGGACUCAAGAUUUUAAGGCCUUUUUGGGUUUAAACCAAAAUUAUACAGUAUGUCUUAUUUGCCUGAAUUGUCAUUUUAUAAGCUAAAACUUGUGUUUGUGGUAAACUGACUUUUUGUGCUUUUAGUAAACACAGUGACGGCACAGGGAAAAGCAUCAGAAACUAACAGGUGAGACGUGUGUCGGCUGUGCCAGUGAACAAGAACACAAAGUAAUACACACCAUUCAAACUAAACGUCAGUUUCGGAUCGCAUCAUACAUCAGACUAAUACCAGCAUGUACACCUCGAACCCGAGCUGAAGUGUAUGGUACUAAACGCAUGAUUUGAUAGAAGUAUCAAAGUGUCCUUAUUUCCAUCCUGCUGUUGAUGUCAUCAAGCUCUCGGCUGCCAUUCAGGUCAAAGGUUAAUGCUUGAAGAUGAUGCCAUAAUUUGUGACAUUAAGCACCAAAUGAUUUCUUUUGUGCGGUUGAGCUAGUAACCACAGCCUUGGUGUGUUUUCCUGUGUUUAGCUGUCAGAAGAACCCUGUAUCAGCAGUAUCAUGUUGGGUUUUUUAUAAUAAAACAAACAAAAUCAA